CAAAAAUCAUAUUAAGUUCAUACAUGAAAACAAAAUCUCCUCGUUUCUAAAAUUUGUCGUUUAUCCCUCUUUUUUUGAUAGAACAAUGGGUAAGAAGUCAACAGAGGAUUUGGAGCUGCCCGUCGCUGGUUGGCUUCGCGGUUUGUCGCUCGAUCAAAUGCAGGCGGCUGAGGAUCUGGGAUCCACUUUGAACUUCGAGCUCGGUGGCAUUCAGGACUGUUUGGUUCGCCUGGGUCUGCGUCCUGUGAUCAAAAAGCGACAGAUUCAUAGGAUCGUGCAGCUGAGUCGUGGCCAGAAACUGGCCUUUCUCUUCUUCCUGUUUGAGGAAUACUACAAAUCCAGCGGUCCUUGUGGAAGUUACACAGAUAAUGGACAAAUUUUGCUUUCGGCCAUCGCCUAUCUGGAUUUACCGGCCACUUUUCGAGCUCUGGAUAAAAUUCUUCCGUUAAGCAAAGGCAUAGUUAGUAGCUCAAAUACAUCGCAGGACUUGCAAAAGAAAAAUUUUAAUCGUCUCUCCAAUCCAACUCCUAAUCCUUCCAUGGUUGCGGGGGUUGCGCAAAAUGGCAUUGAAGAUAAGGUUUCGAAAUUGGAUUUGGGAGCUACCUUUCGAGCUCUGGACAGAGCUCUGUCCAAACAAGCUACCCAAUCUACGUCCCGGCGUUCGUGUCAAAAAUGUAAGAGAGCAAAACCUUACUUUCAGAAACAACCCCGUCCGAGAUCCACUAGAGAGAUCACUAAUUUCACGGCGAAUCCUCCGUUGUUUGGGGUGCAGAUCCCCAACGAGGUGGGAGAUGAAAAGGAGGACGACGAUCGCUGGUUCGCCGACUACCAGUUCCAUCCGAUCCAGCGAACGGUCAAGGCAUUUAUUAAUCACGAGCUCUGUCACCUCUUUGACCGGAUAGAUGAGGCACCCACAGAUCUUGAACAGGACCCAAAAGAUCUGUGUGAAUUUCACGAGGAAACCAGAUCGCAGGAACGACAAGCUUUCAUCGUUGGACAACGUCAACGAUAUCUGGAGAUGAUUGACGUAGAAGGGAAAAAAAAGCGGCUAACACGAGAGCGGAUUAUCCAUCACUUGAACAGGGAUGUGGAUGAGUACCUCCGCAAGUUUGGGGUCCAGGGCUGGAGUCCCGGAGUUCCCACUUCUCGGAGUCCUAAAUGCGUAGCCUGCAAUGAACUGGUUGACGUCACCUUGGAGGCUCCUCCUCAGGUGCUGCUGCUCGAGGGAGAAUGGGGUCGGCUGUACGAUAGAAGUGGUCCCUUGAUGCGGCUCGUAGGUGGUGACGGUCCAAGAAAACUUUCCAAAGAAAGAGAUUCUAAAAAAAAGAAGCCCGAAUAUUUCACUGCACCCACAAAUCACAGUCCUUAUAUCUUCGAUUACGAGCACAUUUUCGAAAAGGGCAGUAAGGAACCUUUGGACAUCAAAGAGACUUAUAGAAGUUUCUUGAUAAAAGAACUUGAUGAGGAGACAAAUGGCAGUGUACCGAGGACAAUUCGCAGAAGCCACAUUGACGAAGCUGUCUCCCGUUGUGUGCGGAGAAUCUUCGAGAAGAGUCUUCUGGCAGCACCUUGUAUGAAUUCUCCCAGUAAGCCGAAGGAACGUCUCGUUUACAACUGCCAGCAAAUCGAUCCCGAUGACGAAGAGUUCUUGGAUCAAAUGCUUGGUGAUGCCUUUCAGAUUUUAAAAAAGGAUAAAAAACUUGUGCUGGCCAGCUUGCCCGAUGGCCAUCGAGUUCCAGAGUUACGCGAAUGGAUUCGGAGGCGAUAUGGCAAACGAUAUGGUCCACAAACGGAAUUAGAAGAAGAAAGGCUUAAGUACAAGACGCUGAAACUGGCGGAGAUGGAAAAGGAGUUAAUUCCACUGAGGGCUUACAUCGAUCCCCGAAUAACUGGAGAAAACCCUUUACCCUUUGCCCAGUAUGACGAGAUUAUGGAGGUGGCCAAAAAAUGCAAGAAAUUGUACCGGGAGGGUGUUUUACAGAUAGUUCUAGACCGAACCCGACUCAUCUGGAACACUCAGCACAACCUGCGAAUGUAUAGUAGUUCUGGACUUCGUCGCACCUUCUUCACAUAUCUACCGAGCAGUGCCAGGAAUACAGAUCCCACCAUUAGUAAUUUCUUGGCGAAAAAAAAUGGCAUUCUUUAGCAGGUGUUUCUGAUCUUCUGUUGGUCAAUGAAAUUAAGAGAUAAGAUUAUAAGAUCAUUCGAUGAUAUUAUCUAAGAUUAACAUAAUCUUAAUAAUCGUAGCCAGAUUAAAGGUUAGUUAUUGAUCUUAGAUGGUCAUUAUUAUGUUCUUUGAUCAAUUAGAAUGUUCAAAAUUGAAACAUCAUAAAUUGGAUCAGAUUGCCAUAUAAUUGCGUUUUUACGGUGUGACGAUUAGUGAAAGCUAAAAAAUCUUAGUAAAAGCUAAAAUAUGUAAUUUAAUUUUACUACUUGACAAGUGAGGGUUUGCUUAAAAACUCUGAGUAAGGCUCUUAAAUUUGGUGUAAAACGGAAAAAUUUCAAAUGUAAAAUUGUAACAGUUUUAAAAACUCUUUUGAUUAAAUAAAUGAUUAUAUGUGCAACAAU